AUGGCAACCAAACCGGAAACGAACCCCGCCGUAGGCGAGCCGAUUACCACCAAGAACCAGGUCUUACAAGCCGGCGCUUCGGCCAUCCAGGACUUUGCGCCGUUGCGGAGCGUCUGCGCGCAUCUCAACGCCUUCCACGCCUACGCAGCAGACCCUUCCCGAGUAGUCGAGGCGAAUCACUACUGCGGCCACCUCAACGACGAUGUUAGGCAGUGUAUCCUCUACGACAGCCCCGAGCCCAACGCCCGGAUCAUUGGCAUCGAGUACAUGAUCUCACCCAAGCUUUACGAGACGCUGGACCAGGAGGAGCGGAAGCUAUGGCAUAGCCACGUGUUCGAGGUCAAAUCAGGCAUGCUCAUCAUGCCCCAGAUGACGCUGCCCGAGUCAAUAUGGGAAACGGCGGAGAACAAAGAGAUGGAGGAGGUCGUCCACUUGUACGGAAAGGUUUACCAUCUCUGGCAGGUGGACAAGGGCCACCAACUACCCUUGGGCGAACCGCAGCUCAUGACGAGCUUCACGGCGCCGGGGCAGUUUGAUUUCGAGAAGUACGUUAGCGACAGAGACAGGAGAUUCAAGUCGGAUUAUAAACGAAAGCAAGAGGCCCGGAAGCACAUUGCCACCCCUUCGGUUCAUCCUGACGCUGAUCAAGCCUGGAAGAAGGGAAAAGAAGAGGGGGCAUAA